CGUGUAUACUUGAUCACUAGUAAAGUCUAGAACCAUCAUAGACUAGGAGAAAAAGAGAGAUCUAUACAGUUAUUAAUGGAGACCAAGAAAAAUACCAUUAGUAUACUCAUGCUACCAUGGUUAGCACAUGGUCAUAUAAGUCCAUUUCUAGAGCUAGCCAAAAAACUCACAAAUAGAAAUUUCCACAUUUACAUGUGUUCCACUCCCAUAAACCUAAUCUCCAUCAAGAAAAGUGUAACAAAUAAAUAUUCUCAAUCAAUAGAAUUAGUUGAGCUUCAUCUUCCAUCUCUGCCAAAUCUUCCUCCUCAUUACCACACCACGAAUGGCCUCCCACCCCAUCUCAUGAACACUCUCAAAACAGCUUUUGAAAUGGCGGCUCCAAAUUUUUCCAAGUUAUUACAAACUCUAAAGCCGGAUUUGGUCAUUUAUGACUUCAAUCAACCAUGGGCUGCUGAGUCUGCCUCCUCUAUGAACAUUCCUGCUGUGCAAUUCCUAACUUUUAGUGCGGCUGUAGUUGCAUUAGCUCUCCACAUGUUUGAUAAGAGGGGAGGAGAAAACUUCCCAUUUCCUGAAAUUUACCUGCGUGAGUACGAGAUGCUUCAGAUGAAGAAGAUGAUGGAAGAAUCACAAGAUGACAAGUCCCCAUUCGACGAGACUCUUGGACAAUCUCGCGAUAUUAUUCUAGUGAAAACCUGUAGAGAUUUUGAAGGGAAAUAUAUGGAUUAUCUCUCAAAAUUAGUUUCCAAAAAGAUAGUACCGGUUGGUUCACUAGUUCAAGAUUCCAUUAACCAAGAUGACAACGAGGAGGUCAUUACGCAAUGGCUUGACAAGAAAGAAAAAAGUUCAACUGUGUUUGUUUCAUUUGGGAGUGAGUAUUUUUUAUCCAAGGAGGAAAUCCAUGAAGUAGGUCAAGGACUAGAGCUUAGUAAAGUGAACUUCAUUUGGGUAAUUAGGUUUCCACAAGGUGAAAAUAUUAGUAUUCAAGAUGUACUAUCAAAAGGGUUUUUAGAAAGGGUAGGAGAAAGAGGAAUGGUUUUGGAAAAAUGGGCUCCACAAGCCGUGAUUCUACAACACACGAGUGUUGGUGGAUUUGUGAGUCAUUGUGGAUGGAGUUCUUUUAUGGAAAGUAUGAAGUUUGGUGUGCCCAUAAUUGCAAUGCCAAUGCAUAUUGACCAACCAAUGAAUGCUAGAGUUGUGGAAUAUAUUGGGAUGGGAGUUGAAGCAUUGAGGGAUGAGAAUGGGAAGCUACAAAGUGAAGAAAUAGCAAAGGUGAUAAGGAAAGUGGUAAUUGAGGAAAGUGGUGAGGGCGUGAGGAAGAAAGUUAGAGAAUUGAGUAAAAAAAUGAAUAUGAAAGGGGAUGAAGAGAUAGAUGGAGUGGUGGAAGAGUUAGUGGCACUUUGUAGCAACAAAUGAUUAGCAAUAUGAUUUACUCUCUCCAUUUAUGUAUUUUAGUUUGAUUGGACACGGAAAUUCAGAAAGUAUUUUUUUUAUCUUGUAAUCUUAGAUUAAAAGUAUGUAUAAUGUAUCAAAAUGUCAUUUAAAUUUGUAGUUUUGAAUA